AUGGCUCCAAAUGCUCUUGAGAUGGUAAUGACCUCUGAGGAGGAGGCGGAGAUUGCUACUGGCUAUGUGAGAAGCUAUGAUGUUCCUGUGUUCAAAGAACAGGGCCCGCUUUGCUGCCAGAGGUGUGACUCGCCAGCCUUUUCUGGCCAGGCCUUCCAAGAUCUGGGCCAUGUGGCAGCAGAGCCCAGGCUGGCUGCGGUGACGGCUUACACCUGGGCCAGCUGGUGGCUGCAGAUGCUGCUUUGUUGGUCCCCAGCCCAGCUCAGGCCCUUUGGACUAGCAGUGCUGCUGCUAAUGGCAGCAGGGGCCUGCUACGCAGCUGGUGGCCUCCAAGACCCCCGGAUCACCUAUCCUGGGCCCCCUGCAGUAGCUGCUGCUGCCCCUAUGCCCCUGCACAUCACCCCACUGGGACUGUUGCUCCUCAUCCUUUAUUGCCUCAUCUCAGGCUUGUCAUCUGUGUACACAGAGAUGCUCAUGAAACGCCAACGGCUACCACUGGCACUUCAGAACCUCUUCCUCUAUACUUUCAGUGUGCUCCUGAAUCUAGGUCUGCAUGCAGGCAGUGGACCUGGCCCUGGCCUCCUGGAGGGUUUCUCAGGCUGGGCAGCACUCAUGGUGCUGAGCCAAGCACUCAAUGGACUGCUCAUGUCAGCUGUCAUGAAGCAUGGCAGCAGCAUCACGCGCCUCUUUGUUGUGUCCUGCUCACUGGUGGUCAACGCUGUGCUCUCAGCAGCCCUGCUGCAACUGCAGCUCACAGCCGCCUUCUUCCUGGCCACACUGCUCAUUGGCCUGGCUGUGCGUCUCUACUAUGGCCGUUAG